AUGGCGCGACUGGUGCUGCAGCUGCAACGAAAUCAGCGACAGGCUUUGAGAUGGCGAGGUCUACGAGCAUCCUCUCGAUGUGUCUCCACAAACACAUCGACUGGAUGGCAUGAUCCGUCGCCGACAGAGCUCCUCCGAGCUACACUUUUGGGAGCUACCACCCCAAAUACCAGUGAUGGGACUCAUUUGAAACAAAACAAACGGAUAUUGGAGCUACUUGAUACCGAUUGGCCACGAGGAAGCCCACCUCCACCCCUGUGGUAUGCCCUGAAAGGCGUCCCGCCUAGAGAAGAGCAGGAAGACUCCGAGAGACUUCACUCAGUUGCCAGCCUGUCUUCCGUACGAAAUGCGACCGAGAGACUUGUUGUUAAUUCUGCUGGUGCAGAGGUUUUCCAGCGCAGUUUAAAGGCAAUGCUUCAGCAAUGUCACGGAAAAGUCACCUACAGCGAGAUCCAGUCUACUUUGAGUGAUAUUGCCGUCAGGCUUCAACGGCUGGAGCUUCCAAUGACUGCUGACCUUUGCGAGCUUGGAAUGUAUUAUGCAGCGCUGAAUCUCUCCUCUCCGGCUUUUCACCAAGUCUUCAAGGACUGUUUGAGGCUAGACCCUGAUGGAUUCACCUUUGUUAAGAGCGGCGCAAUUAUUCGAGCAUUGUACGAAACCGUCCGCUUGGAACUGUUUAAAAAUCCGAAUUACGACGCCAUUCACAUUCUUGCUGAGGUCACUGGUGAAUAUGCGGCUGUUUCAGAGCAGAGCAUACCGAAGUUCCAUGAUGUCCUCCACCGAAACCUCGACCUUGACCUGGGCAGUGAUGGUCGAAGGAACUGGGCAACAUACCUUUGCCUACUAUCGAAACUUAGAAGCGACAAGCCUUUCACGCAUUCGUGGACUCAUUUUUUGAACAAGGCUAUUGACAGUGAACAAGAACUGCACGCAACGUACAGGAUUGUCUCGGACUUGAUUCAAUCAGGACGUUCAGUAAUUGCUGCCAAGUGUCUAGAGGACAUUUCCAUUCGCAAUCGAGAUCAAUUACCAUAUAUCGCCACCUUCCGGCACUUGCAGGUGCUCCUUGACGAUCCUGUUGUGAGCGAAUCAUUACCCGACGUGGUUGGAAAUGAGCUAUAUGGUGUGAUUCUCGAACUGGCUUUCAGCAAUAUGGAGCAGCGAUUAGGAAUUCAAUGGCAGGCUGACGGCAGCACUCACAUCGGCAUUAGCGCAAACUCUUCAAGUACGGCAUUUGAAGAUCAACCCCUUCUUACUAUCGAUGGCGACUGUGCCGGCUACGAUGAUCCCAUUCGCCUCUACGCAGAGCUUUACGCCCUCGGCUGCUCUCACUCCCCAGCCGACCUCGGUCGAAUCGUGAACCUCUUGAACGAACACGACGGGAACGCACUAGACGUUGUGCCCGAGUUCCGUUCGGAGUCUGCACUCCCCGAGUUUCGAUGGUGUCCUCAACACUCUCCUAUCGAGUUCUCGCAUGCCGUACUCCCAACAGUGACCGACAGCACUCGUGAAUGGACACCAGCCUUGCUCGGUCUCAUCCGCGCUCGCCCUCUCAUCAAUGACAUGCCCCAGGAACGAGCAGGCUCGUUCCACUUUCUGCAACUCGGCUCUCUCGAGAUACGGCGCGGCCCACACGAGGCGUGGCAGCCCUCCGGCUACAUCGUUGGCUGGAACCGACUAUUAGGCAGGAUGACAGCACUUUUUGUUGGGAAGGACGCUGGACUUAUCGACAGCGGUCCCAUGCCUUCGGCUGCUCCGUUUGGGACGCUGCUGCAUCUUCGACCCUCCCACAUGCACGCACUCGUGGACAGUCCCUGGAGCUCGGUGGACCCCUUCUAUCUCGACCUGGACCCCGGUCGAGAUCUGGGUUUUCAAUAA